GAACAAUAAAAACCAUUUUGUGGCUCUUUAAUGUGUCAUGACAGAUUGCUGUAGUGCCUUAGCUCAAGCGGCUCGUGAACCGAUCAUCUCUUCCUAUUAGUUAAUUUAUAGCAUCAAAUAAACAUGAAUGAACAUGAGAAGGAAUGUUGUUUAAAACUCGGAAAGACGUAAAUACACACCAUUUUUCAAGUUCAAGUCCACCGAGGUUAAUCUUCUAACUCCUGACUGCUUUGUCGGACAAAAUGGCAGAUUCGGCAUUAUGAUUGGUUAGAUCGCUUGUCAGUCAAACUCCCGGCGAAGGGUCAAUUGCUUAUUUCUCUGGAUUUAAACAUUCUUGGAAACAUUUAGGAUAAUGUAACAAACUACCUGUUUCCCAUCUGGACAUACUCAUAUCUGACCGUGCUCUGCCCAGUCUUCCUCCUGACAGAUUUGCUUAGAUACAAACCUUUAAUUGUAGUUCAAGGCCUUUUUCUUGUCACAAAUUAUAUAAUUCUGUGCUUUGCUAACAGCUUGACCGCUCUGACCUACCUACAGUUCAACUUUGCAAUGGUCACCUCCACCGAAGUGGCCUAUUUUUCAUAUAUCUACAGCGUCAUACCUCCUGAACGCUACCAGCGAGCCACGGGGUACGUUCGCAGUGCCAUGCUGACUGGCUAUACAUUUGGAGCCACAUUAGGGCAGCUGUUAAUAUCAUUAGCUGGCACAAGCUACUUCCAUGUAAACACUAUUACUCUGGGUCUAAUGGCAGUGGCUUUCUGUGUUUCUUUGGUCCUGCCAAUGCCUCAACAAGGAAUGUUUUUUAAAAAGAAGGUGGAGGUGUCUACGCAGACACUGAACGAGGUUGCAGACUCAUCCGGAGAAGGAAUGGAUCUAGCAAAGGAGGAUACAGGAAUAUGCUGUGCUUGGGGAAACAUUAAAACUUCCGGAAAACAAAUGUGGAAGAGUCUCAAAGAAUCCUACUCCUCCAAAACUCUGCUGCAGUGGUCCCUCUGGUGGGCUCUGGCUACAGCUGGAUAUGGACAGGUCUUCAACUACGUCCAGCUGAUGUGGGACCACAUUGAGCCCUCCAGUACGUCCUCUGUGUAUAAUGGUGGAGUGGAGGCCAUCUGCACACUUGUAGGUGCAGCUGCAGCGUUCUCUGUGAGUUAUAUCAGAGUCCAGUGGGGGGUGUGGGGCGAGCUCUCUCUGGGUGUUUUCUCUGCCGUAGGUGCAGGGUGUGUCUUUCUCAUGGGCCUCACUAACAAUAUCUGGCUGUGUUACGGAGGCUACGCUAUCUUCAAAGCUUCGUACAUGUUCCUCAUCACAAUCACAAUGUUUCAGAUCGCAGUUAACCUCUCUAUGGAAUGUUAUGCUCUAACUUUUGGCAUUAACACUUUUGUUGCCCUUACACUUCAAACUAUACUUACUGCUGUUGUGGUGGACAAUUCAGCCUUGGGACUGAAAAUUACAACACAGUUUCUUGUAUAUGGAGGUUACUACAGCACCAUCUCUGUGCUCUUCCUCACACAAGGGUUGUACACAGUUUGUAAGCAUUACCGCAGGUCUGCAGCAGAAACAAACACAGACCAGCCUCCUCCUGCCAUUCUGGAGCAGCAAUCCGAAUCAGACAGAAGUGGAAAACAGGAUCUUCAUCCACAGUCACCAUCAUAAAAUAUGAUGGAACAUUCAACACAAUGAGUUUACAAAAAAAAAAGGGAAAAAAAUCACAAGCCCAUUGCUUUUUUGUCUUUUUUAAUGUUGUUAUUAGCCUAAACUAAAACUAUACUGUAAGUGGUUGUGUAUUGUAUAAUAUGUAUAACUAUAGUAGUCAACAUUUGAAGUGGAUCAAAACCAUUCAUCAAAGUUGUCCUAAAACCUUCUUUUUAGGACAACUUAGUUCUUAGGACAACUUUGAUGAACGUUUUUGAUCCACUUCAAAUGUUGACUACUGUAUUUAUUCAACCAGUAUAUUUGCAUAGACUGUUCUGUCCUGUCAUUUCCUGUUUAUAAAUUAAAAAGAAGUGAUUACUA